GCAGCGGCCGCAGCAGCAGCGUAAUGCUGAUCCGCGCUCCAGCCCCGACCUGCGCUGCGCCCUUGUAGCUCCACACAGCCCGGAGUCAGCAGCCCUGCGCCCGUUACGCACAGCUGGAGGGACGGAGAGGUGCCGCGCGGCCACAGGCGGAAGCUGCCAGCAGUGAAAGAUGAAACACACAGUGUGCAGGUGUGUGUGUCUCCUCUCUGCCAGCGGCCUCCUCUCGCCUCAUGGAUCCAUCGAGGAUCAUCAGCAAUGCAUCUGACGUAGCUUCCUGUCUGGAGUCGAGACCACGAGGGGCAAUGAACGUGCGCUCGCCUCCGAGGAGGAGACUCAGGCUCGGCCGCGUCCUCUUCUUCGUCUCGGGCGUGCUGCUGUGUUUCGUCUACACUCUGACUCUGAAGGCCAGGCUGUCGGAGCUGAGAGGCUCCUCGCAGACGCCCGGCGCUCUGGGAGCAGAGGGAGGCGAUGGGGAUGUGGUGGAGGUCCACGUUCGGGAGGUGACGGCUUCCAACGAGACGCAGGAGGAGGUGGUCUCACCCGAGGGCAGCCAACCUCCUCCGGUGAUGAUCGUCAACAGGACAGACAUCGAACAGUGUAUCUACGUAGAACCUCAACCCCCCAAACCUUCUCCUCCAACUCCACCGCCAUCCAACACCACAGCUCCUCCGCCCCAGGCCCCUCGCAGGAAGGGCGGUUACCCCGAGGACAUCUUCUCAGUGGAGCAGCGACGACAAGGCUGGGUGGUCCUGCACAUUAUGGGCAUGAUCUACAUGUUUGUCGCCCUGGCCAUCGUCUGCGAUGAGUUCUUCGUCCCUGCGCUGGAGGUCAUCACCGUCCAGAUGCAGAUUUCUGACGACGUAGCCGGGGCCACCUUCAUGGCGGCUGGAGGCUCUGCCCCCGAGCUCUUCACCUCCCUGAUCGGCGUCUUCAUCUCCCACAGCAACGUGGGCAUCGGCACCAUCGUGGGCUCGGCCGUCUUCAACAUCCUCUUCGUGAUCGGCAUGUGUGCCAUCUUCUCCCGGGAGAUGCUGCACCUGACCUGGUGGCCCCUGUUCCGAGACGUGACCUUCUACAUCCUGGACCUCAUCAUGCUCAUCGUCUUCUUCCUGGACAGCAUGAUCAUGUGGUGGGAGAGCCUCCUGCUGGUGCUCGGCUACGUCAGCUACGUCAGCUUCAUGAAGGUCAACAGUCAGGUCGAGCAGGCGGUCAAGACCCAGCUCAACAAGCACAUGAGCAUCGUGAAGGUGUGGACGGCCGAGGGAUCGGAGAAGGAGAGUGAUGCUACACAACCUCCUCCACCUGCUCCUGCUCCUGCUCCUCCUGCUGCUCCUCCUCCUGCUGCACCACCGGCGGAAGAAAAAUCCAAACCAGCGCCCGAGCCUCCUCCGAGCGGCCCUCAACUCCACAAGCAGCCGUCAGAGCCGCACGACGACAGAGCGAGACUCAGGCUUCGUCCCGUCCUGCAGCGAGGCGGCAGCUCGGCCUCGCUCCACAACACGUCCCUGCGCAGCACCAUCUUCCAGCUGAUGAUCCACACGCUGGACCCUCUGGGAGAAGAGGCAGGGGCCCUCGGAGGGGCCGUUAAAACCCCGGGGCCAAGGAAAGCCAGACGAGAUGAUGAUCACAAGCCAAAGUCUGAACAGGCCACCGCCGCUGCUGAUCCACCAGGGGGCGCUGCAGCCGAGCCGUCGACCUCACAGCCUCCAAAGGCAGAAGAGAAGCCGAGCGACCAACCGGACGAGUCCAAGGCGGCGGCAGCCUCAGCGGGGGGCUCGGACGGCUCGGACGGCAGCGCUGGGGACGACAGCGGGGACGAGGACAGCGGCGACUCGGCUGAGAGUGAAGACGAGGGCGGCAGAAAGGAGGAGGAGGAGGAGGAGGAAGAGGAGGAGGAGGAGAACGAGCCUCUGUCUUUAGCGUGGCCUGAAACCAGAGGCAAACAGGCCACCUACCUGUUCCUGCUGCCCAUCGUGUUCCCGCUGUGGCUCACGCUGCCCGACGUCCGCAACCUGGCGUCCAGGAGAUAUUUCGUCAUAACGUUCAUCGGCUGUAUCCUGUGGAUCGGCGUCUUCUCCUAUCUGAUGGUGUGGUGGGCUCAUCAGGUGGGCGAGACCGUGGGCAUCUCGGAGGAGAUAAUGGGCCUGACCAUCCUGGCAGCCGGGACGUCCAUCCCCGACCUGAUCACCAGCGUCAUCGUGGCCCGUAAAGGUCUGGGGGACAUGGCCGUGUCCAGCUCCGUGGGCAGCAACAUCUUCGACAUCACCGUCGGUCUGCCCGUCCCGUGGCUCAUGUUCACGCUGUUCCACGACGGCCAGCCCAUAGCCGUGAGCUCCAACGGCUUGUUCUGCGCCAUCGUGCUGCUCUUCCUCAUGCUCCUCUUCGUCAUCAUCUCCAUCGCCGCCUGUCGCUGGAAGAUGAGCCGCACGCUGGGCCUCACCAUGUUCGCGCUGUACUUCGUGUUCCUGGUCCUCAGCGUCCUGCUGGAGGACCGGGUCCUCGUCUGCCCGGUUUCAAUCUGAGCCGCCGGGGAAAACCUCAGCCAGACGGAAUCAGUACUGUACGUAGGACGAGUUAGAUUCAACCAGACCUGGCCUCAAAGGCCCCAGCACAGUAGAGACACAGUAGAGACACAGUAGAGACACGAGCAACGUUAAAGGAAAAAUCCUCCUCCAGCUGAGAUUCACCUCCAGCUGCUUUGUCCUGAGUCACUUUGUGUGUUCGAGCUCUGACGUGUAGACGAGACGUAUAAAUUCUGCUGCGGAGAGAUCAGGCUCCUCUUCUUCAUCCUGAGAUGUUUGUCUUCUUCCAGUUUCACGUCCGUCACGUGUUAGAAACCUCAUCAACACGUCCACUCGCUGGUUGGGGACGUUUUCCUGCUGUUUUCUUCUCACUCUGACAUUUUCCAGAUGUUUCACUUGGGACGCUGCAGGAAAAGAGUCCGGAAAAUGGAAUCUGACUCGGACAUCUGCGUUUGCAGCCCCUCGGUAAAAUGUCCAGAGUUCAGUGCACGUCUGAAAGCAGCUUCAGGUCAACAACAUCUCACCUUUCAACUUUGGACUAGUAAGCAAGAGAAUGUCUUGAAGUCUGAACUGUGAGUUUAGUUAAGAGUCCUGAUAAGAAAACACAGUGUCACUCAAUAUGUCCACACAUUUAAUCGGACGUUUUCCCAGGGGGCCGGAAGGAAAAGUUCCAGAAAACGUCCAGAGCAACUGUCACGUCCGGGAAAAUUUCAGAAAAAUGUCCCGACUUCAGCUUUGGACUCUUGUUCUUUAACUUUUGCUUGGCCCCACUUUUAGAUUUGGACCAACGUGUUUUCUGACUCCGCAGCUGCUGCUGGAAACAUCUGGACGUGACCUCACAUCCUCUGCGACUGCUCAGUCGUUCACGGUGAAAAUAUAAAUUCACCAAACGAUAAAAGAGAAUCGUCCCACGUGCAGGAUUCAGUUCAUCGCCCCUGAUUCGAGGCGGAUUUUUCCUUCAACGUUGUGAGCACUUAAAUAGAUUUGUUAUUAAAUACAUGAUACACUGUGCAGCGAUUCAAACAUCAGUGGAUGCAACUUUCUGUUUUGCGUGUUCAUCAUUUUCUGAACUGUAUCCCAGAGACUCUGUCGUUGUGUUCAAACAUCAAACUUGUGCGUGUUCAUGUUUGUUUUUGCGUGAAACAGUAUCUCACUGAGUCGCCUGCAGUGAUCCAGUGAUCGUCUGUGUGUCAGUAAACGUGUGUCGGCUGUUCACAUCUUGUUCAGUGUUGAAUUGAUGCAGAUGUUUGUCACUGAUGAGAAAACUGUCGAUAUUUAAAAGUAAAGUUUCAUGCUGCAAUAAAUUAUUUUUCCUACA